CCGUCUGGAGACUGUAUUUUAGUGAAGGUUAGAGAAUACGAGGCGGCAUUACCUCCAGACUGCAGAGAGCCCGUGGAAUAAUUGAGAUAUUAUUCGAUGACAGUUCGUGCAGAGUCCCAAAAACACACCAGCCACCUGCAUUUCCUAACCCCUCCUCCCCCCCCCCAUUCCUUAGCCACUCCUGAUGACAAAGAGUUUGAUAUGAAAAUAUGGGAAAUGAAUCAAGGAAAUCCAGUUGAUGACCGGACAACCGCACUGUAACUGGUACCAAUGUGCUGGAUGCAAUGUCUGUUUCAGUACUAGAAAUGAUUGUUUAAGACAUCGGUGUAAGUUGGAAGACUAGGAUGGUGAUGGAGCACCCAGAUGUGCAAUGGACCUGGCUGCACGUUAUCUUCUGUUCCAGCAUAAUUCAAACCACGGCCGUAUCUCUUCAUGCCAAAAGUGAUUUAUCAUCUGGUGGCAAUACAAUUUACAUUUAUUCCACCAAAGCUGUUCAUGUUGGGAACUCAAAUCCUCCAGGCAGUUCUCCUCAAUCCUUGCCAGAAAUCUCCAGCAAAGUCUCCGCUCAUGAGGAACCUGACCCACCUAUCCACUCGGGCAUGUCCCCUUUGUACCUGAGCGCAUCAUCGAGGGGAAAUUCAUCUGAUUUUAGUGGUGAUGAUGAGGAUCUGGUGUUUGAUGAUGAGGAUCUGGUUUUCAAUAGUGAGGAUAAUAGCAACAUUGAAGAAGUCAAACAGGACAUUACUGAAUCUCAAGCAUUUAUUUUAGGAAAUGGAUCUGUUCCUUCAGUCAUAUCUGCUGAUACAAAUUCUUCUUCUGAUUAUUCUUUGUUGAAGCCAUUUAAUAGUACCUCAGUUUAUAAAUCAACCCAAUCUGUUCAAAACCCCAAACAUUCUCAAGGCAGUGGAACAGUGCACGACAUCUCUUUUCUCCAACAUUCCACAGCAACGUUUCCAAAUGAUGAUUUAUUCUUUGAGGUCAAUUCUCACCAUAUGACUCUUCCACACACUGAAACCAUGCAAACAACACCAAGACCUCUUGUAGCUCUGGGAAAUAUGAAUCCAACAUUGACUUCAGAUCAUUUGGUGACUGAGAAACCGUACUUUAUCACUACUUCCUAUGUGUCACCAGGAGAGGAAACACCUGUUCCGGAAAUCAAAAGGAAUCAUGAUCAAGUGCUUACUCCAUUGGUUAUUGAGUCUUCUGCAAAAUGGCCUCAGGAUUUUGUUUCAAAGAAACUGAGUGUGAAUCACAUGAGUCCAGCACCCAUGCGUUCUGCUUCUCCUUUGAUCACAGGGUCUAGUUAUUCUGCAAUGAUGAGUGAAAAGUUAUUAAUAGUCAGCCGACCUGCUGCUGAUGUUUCUGAACUACAUAAUCGAACAGAUACAUUCAGUCGAGCUAACACAAUAGAUGCCAAUGCCCAAUUCUUUGCCCAACGCGCUUCCAAUAGUGUAGAACACCUUCCAAAGUUGACAACAACACCUGCUUCUGAGAGGCAGGUGAGGUGGCAAACUACUGAUCGAGCUUAUCCACGAGUGAAGGUCCUCAGUGCUACGGACAGGAUGUCUACAUCGCAAUGGGUUAGAAUGUCAGCAUAUGAUACAGAUAAGUUCUUACCUUCCCAGCAAACCACCCAGACAUACUUCACCUCAGAACAAGGAAAUGAUAUCUACACCAAUCCAGUGGACAGCUCAGCAACGGUCAUUGAGAUGGUGGAAGAUCCCCAGUUCCUUGAUGGUCAACCAACUAAUACUAAACAGGGUUCUGUAGUGAGAGGUUCUUUCCCCAAUGGAUUGGCCACCAUCUCUCCAACAGCAAGACUGCAGCAUCUGACCUUAAAAGGAAAUAGAAAUGUGCUGUCAUCAAUUGAGCCAACCAGAGUGGUCACCACAACGUACUUCUCACCAUUAACGGCAUGGAGACAUGGCCCAUCAAGAGAACCCAACUCUGCUAUUGAAUCGGCCAAAACAGAAUCCAUACCAAGUGGCCGCUACAUGGCAAUGCUAAAGACGAGGCCUACUGUGCUAACGCAACAGCUGACCGCAAAGAUCUCAAACAAAACUAAUGUUUCUGUGACCCUACCACCUCUAACACAGGGAGGGCUUGGGACCAAAUCGAUAAGCACCACUUUGAGUUUGCCACGGGCAACAACCAAAGUCCCUUUGCCCAGUUCCCGCCCUACAAAGGUGUCUAUAGCAGAAACAACAAUGAAAGGAGGUCCUGUUAAAGUGGGUGUUAAACCUCCUUUUAAAGAUACUGUGACAGAAGGAACAUUGCCAUCAGCUACCAGAACACCUGGAAACCAUUACAAUGUCAUCACAACCGUGACAGCAGUGACACGCAGCCAGUCAGGGAAUGACACUCAAACACCGACAAUGAAAAUAGCUUCCAAUACUUCGACUGGUGUCAACACAACUUCUCCCAAAGGACAGGACACUCGCAAUGGGCCGGGACGGAAAUGGAUAAUACCUAACAAUGCCCAAAUGCCAAAUCACACUGUAGACUCCAAGAUGGCUACUGGCAAUCAUUCCGAUAAAAUUAGCUCCCAUUUCGAACUCUGCUCCACACUGGACAGGGACUGUGCAUUUAAUAAAACAUUCACCCAGUGGAAACAGAUGAAACAGACUUUGGGAUUUGCUUGGGAAAUGCACAUUUAUGGAGCAGGAGUACUCUUUGUUAUCCUCAUAGUAAUAUCACUAAUUAAUUUGAUUGGCUCUCCAAUUUUGGCCAUUCCAGACCUUCAUUAUCUCAUGGCAGCUAAUGCCAUGCUAUUUGCAUUGGCCCUCUUAAGAGCAGUGUACUUGUUCCUUGAUCCGUAUGGCAGCAAGUUCAGACUUCCCCUGAUAAGUGGUUUGAUGCUGUACAACAUCACAUUUCCCCUCCUCAUCACUACUUUUGGCAUUCUGACACUGCUCUUACUGAAGAUGGGGGAUCUUCAGAUGCUCUCCUCAAAAUUCCAGAACCCCACCACCCUGUCCAUGAUUGCUGCUGUCCACUUCAUUGUGUUGAUAAGUGGAGAUCUUCUUUACCUCCUGGUGAAUCCCGCUGUGAACGUGGUCCUGCAUGUCUUUUCUGUCUCGUGGGCUUCUUUUCUGAUCACUGCCUUCUUCCUCAGCUACCGCAAGCUCCAGAGUCAUUCUGAAGCCACUGUGCAGCAGAUUCAGAAGCCAGUCAUUGGUAAUGAGGAACCAGUCGAGCCACAGAAUCAUGGAAGAACAUUAAAGCAGCUUUUACUCUCCACGAAGGUGAUGGCGAUCAGUGCUGCUUUUGGGUUUCUCUGUUGCGCUUUUCAUGUCUAUGCCACGCUUUGGAAUUAUGGACUAUUAGGAGAGAAGGGCCAGUUCUAUUGGGCAUGGUGGUUCGUUCAGUUCUGGUAUCGGAGUUUUGAGAUUGCAAUGUCUUUUGCCAUGAGUUUCGUGGCCUCGUAUGCCUUCUGCCAGCAACAUGCCAGGCCUGACCACACCUGCUGGAGGAAAAUUGUUCAAUAUUUCCACCAGUAUAGGAAAAAUGAAGUGCCAGAGUACCCAAACAAUUGCUUUGACUGGUCUUCUGGGGCCCAGGACAGGAUAACGGGCAAUGAUAUCUUCAAGAACCUUAUACAUAACCGGCCUGAGUCCAUGCCUCUUAAAACAAUUAAUGGAACUAAUCAAGAAAAACCUGCCAAGAGUUACUAUAACAACAAUGGUUCAAUCAUCUCACUGGACCACAGACCCAAGAUUCCAGUUCUGGGACCCAAAUCUCACAAUCUGCUGCUGGGCCGCUCAUUUACCAGUAUCUGCAUUGAGAAAGAGUCUUCUGUGUCUCUCAAUGAGUUUGACCUACGCCCACCUUCACCCAUCAACCUCAGCCGAAGCAUCGAUGAAGCACUUUUCAGAGAACACAUAGUCAGAGACAGCCUGUUUAAUGAUUCUGGUCUUCAGUGUCCCAGCCACAUGACCAUAGAAGACUCCCGCUCUUCUCUGAGAGUGCACAAGGUGUCUGAUCAGGGUAAUGUUACAGUGGUUCCACUGGAUUUUAGGCGUCGCAAUAGUGACCCCGACUAUUUGCACAGUGUGGCCAAGAGCAGCUCGCUAAGCAACAACCAAACAGAUACGUCAAAGCAGUCAGUCCAGGAUAUCGACAGCAACCAAGCUUCCAGCAGACUGCACAGGUCUGCAUCAGGAAGUUCCGUGGACAGCAUUUCCAGGACAUCAUUUGGAAUCCACUGGUACACAUGGACACGUGAGCGUUCUUCAGAGGAGAGUGCCCCAUCUGCCGAUCCAGUCAGUGAGAGUCUUCUCUCUCAAGACAAUCCUGAGGUAAAUUCAAAUACUGAAGACUUCGAUCUUGAAGCAAAGAAGAGCUUUAUAGAUGUCAGGGUGACUGAUGAUGUCAGUCUUUCCAGUGACACAAUUGAACUUUAAUACUUGGGUGGAGAUGUGAUUUCUUUAAUAAUGUGGGAGGAAAGGAGCAGAUCUGCUGGAGGAAUAAGGUAACUGGUGUUAUCAGUGAUGAAAGGCUCAUGGUUACCAUCACUGGCUGAAAGAAGUGCAGGGAGGAGCAGCCAAGAAUUGAAAUUUGACUAACGUUUCAAUGUGUGGCUGUGAAACCCAUUACUUACAAGUUGGCACCAAACCUACUUCUCCGAUUUAUUAAUGUACUAUCUUACAAAACUCUCCUCACCUCAACUGCAGUUCAUCCUGACAAUAAACAGUGGGGUGUUUGCACUUCAUUGAGCUGGGGUGAGAAUAAUACCAAUCUAAAAACAUGCUGAAACUAUGUUAUUUACUAGAUGUUUUUUUGUGAGUUGGAAACCAAACCAAUAAUGAUUAUGCUCUGCAAAUUAAAUACUUUGCACUUUUUCAAUUUGUCAGAGAGAUCAAUAUACCAGAUUUUCUAUGGACACAGUAAUAUUGCCCUGGGAACACAUCAGGAGACCAGCCCAUUUACCAACGGUCACCUUAUUUAUAUAUUCCGUAGUACAAGCCUCACCAUCAACACUCUCCUUGAAGAAUUUCUUUUUGAAGAGCAAGAAUAUAUACUAAAACACAAGUCAGGUAGAGACAGAGGCACUCUAGUUUUCCAUAGAGAGAGAGAAAGCGAAUGAAAGGCAGAAAGGAAUAACAGUAGCUUUACACAAACUGGAAUUGGAAUCCAUUCCAUUUUCAAUUGUCAGAUUUCAGAAGCAAAUGGAAACACCUACAGAUCUUUGCUUUGAAGGAAUCACCCAGUUUGCAAUCCAGUGUUUAUUCAGCUUCCUUGUAUUCACCUGUCAUUAAUUUGCUCACAGAAAAUCUGAAAUGAAUCUUCUAAAGUCUGUUUCCCUAGAUGAAAUUUUAGUUGCAAAUGUAAGUCAUUUGUGUUUUACAUACGCCGUGAAUUAUUUUCAGUGGAUGGGACGACUCCUCACAAAUUCCUGCCUUCAUUUUUUAAAAAAGUCCAUGGAAAGUAACUUUUCAUCCUUUGUCUUGUCAAUGAUUUUAGCACAUUUUGCCUUGCUUAUUCACAUGCAGCUUCAACCAGGACCUAUUGUGCCAGCAUAUAAUAUAUUGUGAAGAGACUGAGAAAGUCCAUUGGUUAAGGAAGCAGAAUGAGAACUGAGCAGGAGAAGAAAGAAUCUCAGAAGCCAAUCACUGACAUUAAUCCAAUAGUUUUAUUUGCCCAAAGUGAGCUCACUCGUUUUAGAUCAUGUAACUUCUUCUUUCUUCUUCUUCGGCUGUCCGUCGGAUUCGAUGUUGACUGCGCUGAGAGUUUAGUCUCUGCAGGCACGUUUAUGGGCCACAAGACCAGCAUUGGAUCGGCACUGUCUCCCACAUCGACACCAUCCAGAAACUCUACUCCAACACACCUUGCACAGUAAUAAGACAGACGGUGUCGUGCCCCCACCAUACAGUCUCUCUGGGCUUCCAGACCUGAUGCUGAGUGGUGCACAGGAGUGUAGCAGACUUAGCGGAUACGGAAGCUGCCCCGCAGUGACAACUAACUAGUCUAGUGAUGCCAUCCGUUGACCAGCACUCCGGUUCCUCCGCGUGCCACCAAGGUGGCCGUACAUUGACCCUUUUGGAUUCAUCUGCCACAGACACCAUCAGACGUCCUGCUGCCAGCAUCCUCGUUGGGUGCAGCCUUUGCCUGAAGAGGCAUAGCCUACAAAGUAGCAAAGGCAUGCUUACCUCCUUGACUUAGCCAGCCACGAUCCUACUACUAGAUCUAGUCUAGUAGUGUACCGAUGGAACAUCACCUUCACGGCUAGGUUAGACCCGCCAGAGAACGAAUCUCUGCCGUACUCCGCUGAUGUUCAGCCAGUGUCACUCCUACGCCACAGUGAGGCGCCAAGGUAGGAUUUUGUAGAAGAUCAUGUCAUCUGUAAGGAGUCCUUCCCAUGGAACAUGUAAAUUUUCUCCAGUUUCCUCCCACAGUCCAAAGAUGUAUCAUGUACCUUGGACCAUUAUUGAGCACAUCAUAUGGAUUCCAUUCCAUUUAGCCAUUUUAUUUAUUUAUUUUGAGAAAUGGGUUCUUCCAGCCCUUCAAGCUGCACUGCCGAGCAACCACGAUUUAACCCUAGCCAAAUGACAAUUUGCCAAUUAACCUACUAACAGAUACAUCUUCGGACUGUGGGAGGAAACUGGAGAAAAUCCCUAUGUUCCAUAGGAAGGACUCCUUACAGGUGACAUCGGAAUUGAACUCCAAGCGCCACUGCCCCGAGCUGUAAUACUGUCAUGCUAAUCACUACGCUACCAUUAUAUUUUGGGUUUCAGUAUGAGAUGAAAAAUGUUGGACACAAAAUUCAAACUGGCCAACUAUCAGAUUAUGGGAUCUGAGCUCUCGUAAGGAAUUCAUUGGCUUUGUUCAGGAUCAGUCGGAUUCCCUGCUCCAACCUGUUCCAGCCAACUACCUCUCUACGUCUGUGACUAGAUUGAUAACAAUUAGCUCCAAGCACAGGAAACGUCCCUGUUGCUGUCCUCAGUCGCCCUACAAAAUACAGACAAUCAUGUUGAAGAGACAAUCAUCUAAAAGCAUUGCUGCAUCAUUUGAGCAUCAGCGUAUAAUAUCACAAAUGUGACAUUUAAAAAAAUGGAAACAUAGUAUAAUUGCAUUGCUGAAGAAUCCAUAAUAUCAAUGGAUAGAGAUAACCACAUUCGUGGUGUCAAAUGCCAUUCACAGAGGGAGAGUUAAUGAGAGAUGUUUCCAGGAAAUACCUGCAGAAGCUGAUAAAUAACCCCACUGCUUCUCCGAUUUCUUCAAAGAAGAUUGAAGACUUUUCUCCAGCCUUCCCUUGAAAAUAAACAUAAUGGAAAACUUAAGUGAGGACAGCAUAGCAAAUCUUUACUAGUAACCAUGACUUAUUUUUCAAACAUACCUUCACAGUUUUAAACAAAAAUAAUGUUUGCAAGAAUCCCAAUCUCUGGGAAAAGUAAGUUACAGUAUUUUCAAAACAGCAAUAUCAUAGCUUACAACUAUGGCCUUGUAAAAAUACUGCUUACCAUUUUCUUCCCUUUGAAGCACAGUAUUGUAUUUAUAUGACCACAUGGUUCCAUCUUUUACAUACACCAUUGCAGCAAGAUGGAUGGAGAAGCAACUCCUUUUCUAAAGGCUCCCUUGAAUAGACCUCUUCGCUAAGAAAAUAAACAUGCACUAGCUAAAGCUCAGCACCUUCUCCAUGCAGGGAGUUGCUUGAUGGACUUUCACAGCUGCAGUAUACAUGCCAGCACCUGCAGUUGGAAGCGAAGAGUGGCAUCGGCCGCAGAAACUGGUCUGUGAUGCAAGAGGAACUAAUAUUGUCAUUCAGGGGAGGUGGUGGUGUGGAUGCAUGGAAGGAAGUGCAUGAAUAUGCAUAACUGUAUAGGGAAUAAUGAAUGCAUGGUUUUGAAUCAGCAGGACAGACAGCAUUUAUGAUGAGAUAAUCAAAAUUAAUGUCUGUUUCUCUCAGGAAAAGGCGGUGGUACAGUGAUGCAACAGGUAAUAGCACACAGCUCCAAGUUAAAAUCUGACCCUCUGUGCUGUCCGUGUGGGGUUUGCACGUUCUCCCUGUAACCAGGUAGUCCAGUUCACCGGUUUCCAGAAACUCCGUAGCUAUUCUAGUCUCUCACUUCUCAAAGGCAGGCUGGUAUAUUAACUGGUAAGUGGCAGGAGAAUCAGAGAUGGUGGGGAUGAGAGAGGGAAUAGAAGGGACGGAAUGAGACUGACAGGAGUCCUCUGAUUUGAUGGGAAUUGUAGCAAAAAUUGCUGAGCUGAAAUGUCAAAUCCAUUUGUAUAUUCUCACAAGCAUCCUUACAAUUGGCAUGAUAGGUUUAUUAAGAUUUGAUAGUGUUAAUAGAUAAAAUGCUUAAGUAUCUUGAUGUUUCUCCCUCUAUAGAUGCUGUCUGCCUUGCUGGAUAUUUGCAACGUUUACUGCUUUAUUUUGGAUUCACAGUAUGUUCUUUUUGAAUUAACAGGGAGACUGAUGUUGGUGAUGGGGUGCGACUGUUUGACUUGAUAGGGUGGUGAUAACAGAAAUGACAUGCAUAUUAAAGUGAAGGUAAUGGAGAGUAUGCAUCCACGAAGCCUUUAAGUUUGGGGUUGUUUGUGUUUGGAAGACAAAGAAGAAAGCAGCUUCUUGCAAAUAUCUUUUUGGAACUGCAGGUCAUCUUUAACAUGUCCUGCUCCUCCUCCUUAAGCCCGUCACCUUUACUGGGGCAUAGGCUGCCAACAGCAGCUCGACAGAGGCUUCUGUCCUGGACCAGUUUUUCAAGUCAUCCCCAGAUAUGGCUUACUGAAUGAUCCUUCCUCUCCCAGUGAUGAGGUCUUUGGUGCUUCUGUUGGUGUUUCUGCAGCUCUGGAUUUUUAUGGGAUGGGUUUGCUAGCCCCGUGCCCAAACCUCCUAUCACAGACGGGUUUGGGCUGUUCACGGUGGAGUUCUGACAUGUCCUUGCAAGAUUAAUAAUAUUUUGUGAUAUUCAACUGUCUAAGAUUAAAAACUGUACCUAAGUACUAUUGUUUAUGAAUAUUUCUUCUGUACCCUCUCACGAGCACCCUUGCAAUUGGCAUGCUAAGUUUAUUAAGGCUUAAUAGUGUCAAUAGGUAAAGUAUUUCAGUGUCUUGAUGUUUAAACCAGCAAGCAAUUAUUUGAAGUCUACUGAAGGGAUUCAUCAAGAUGAUAGAUGAGAAAUGUCAAACACAAAUCAGUAAUGUCAUUGUCUCCUAGCAUAAGUCCUUUUUUUAAAAUAAGAUCAUUUUCUUAAGGAGCCUGUCCUUUUCCAAAAGAAUAAUGUUCACAUUGAAAGAAAGGACACCAUUUUAACUUCAUUAUUCCUAUUACAGUCUUUUGGCUAAACUGAUCAAGCAGACCUUAAUCUCCUGUGGCUUUCAAUUGCAUAAAAUACUGCUGGUAAAUUAAACAUGCGGUAUCUCUCUGUUUCCUUUACUUUAAGCUUAUUGCUCACAGAUUUGAUGGGUGGAUGUUGCUAGUAGCUCCCGAUAUGGGUCGAAAGCAGGCCAGUCAAUGUGUUAGUUAUUGUGAAUAAGCCUCAGUCAUAGACUGGGAGCCACAUGACUGCCAUUGCAGAUAAUACUGACAUUAAAACUGAGCUUCCGGACUCGUGUAAAGAUGUGAUCUGGACCCCGGAAACUCCAUUAAAGAGGGAUUAUUGACUUGGAAUUGUCUACAAUGUUUAAUUUUACUAGCACUAAUGUAUAUUUUCAUGCCUUUCUGAUGGCAUUACUGUGUGUGGCAUUCUGUGCGAUGCACUUUGUACAGCUGAUGCACAGUGGUCAUUGUCAAAAUCUCCUGUAAUGAUUCUCUAUUGCCUUUGUUGUUUUAUAGCAAAUUUACAAGACAGUAAAAGUAUACUUUUUUACGUUUUGUUCACAAAAUAAAUGUUUUU